AUGGAUUUUAGUACAGUACUUACUAGCUCACCGAAUUUUAACAAAACCGGAACCUCGCCUCUCAUAAGCGAGGCCAACAGAAAAACCUUAAUACACUUACAAUCGUUCGAUUUUUCGGAUAAUUAUUUGAAAAAAGGUUCAAACAUAGUUGAUGAAAAAUUAGGCCCUGCUAGCAACGAGAACAAAAACAUCAACAAUAUUUUCAACAGUGUCAACAAACAAGCUAAUGUUGCCGACUUAUUCUGCAAAAUUUUCAACAAAGUUUUACUCAAAUUCAACACCGACAACACCGACUGUAGUUUCUGCAUCUCUCACUACAAAAGUGUCAUCAGGAAUCUCAACGUCAACAACGACAGCAGCAACAGAAGUAGCUACAACCACGACAGCAGCAACAGAAGUAGCUACAACAACGACAAGUUCAUCGUUGAUAUUACCGCCAUUAGCAACAAACAGCAACAGCAGCUGCUGCAACAACCGCCUCGUCUUUCACUUAAAGAUCGCUUGUUGUCGUCUCCCAGAUUAUUACGCUUUCGUUUCCCGCGUGAGAAUCGCGAAGCGAAAGAAAGCGCGCCGAAAAUGGAAGUCGAAAGCGAAACUACAAAAAGGAAACCGAAACCAGCAACACUGAAACAAAGAUCUCAAUCGGCACCUAGGCUGGGAAUUUUUGGGAGGUUCUUUGAGAGGGGAUUAUUCUUCAGAAGGUCUGGAGAUUUUUUUCGGAGGUCAAAGUGA